AUUAGCUAGAUCCCAGACUGUAGAUGUCUUUUGUUCCAACUCCCUGAGUAGUUCUAUUCCUCUCUAGGUAAUACAGGUUGGUAGCUCCUGGAUAAGAUGUUUGCUGCUGCUUUUUUCCUCUUAUUUUUGAUGACUUAUCAGCCAGGGGUAACCAUACAGGAGAAGGUGAACUGGAGAGUCAGUCGGGCUGUUGAGAGUUUCACCCCCACAGCUGUUUCCUGCCGGUUGGACAGCUGGGCAGAGUGGACAGACUGCUUUCCAUGCCAGGACAAGAAGUACAGAUACCGGAGCCUCUUGCAGCCAAACAAGUUUGGGGGAACCAUCUGCAGUGGGAAUGUCUGGGACCAAGCCAGCUGUCACAGUCCCACAGCUUGUCUGAGUCAAGCACAGUGUGGACAGGAUUUCCAGUGUAAGGAGACAGGUCGCUGCCUGAAACGCCACCUGGUGUGUAAUGGAGACAAGGACUGCCUGGAUGGCUCUGACGAGGAUGACUGUGAAGAUGUCAGGAUCUCGGAAAAUGACUGCAGCCAGUAUGACCCAAUUCCAGGAUCAGAGAGGGCGGCCUUGGGGUAUAAUAUCCUGACCCGGGAAGAAACUCAGAAUGUGUAUGAUGCCAGGUACUACGGGGGCCAGUGUGAGACUGUAUACAAUGGGGAAUGGAGGGAGCUUCGGUAUGACCCCACCUGUGAGCGUCUCUACUAUGGAGAUGAUGAGAAGUACUUCCGGAAACCCUAUAAUUUCCUGAAAUAUCACUUUGAAGCCCUGGCAGAUACUAAAAUCUCUUCAGAGAUAUAUAAUGAUGCAAAUGAUCUUCUUACUAAAGUAAAAAAUGACAAUUUUGCAUCAUUUGGACUGACCAUUGGUGUGGGCCUUACAGGCAGCCCAGUCAUGGUGACUGCAGGUGUAUCCGCGUCACGAAAUGCUUCCUUCUUAGAAGAGUUAAGCAAGUAUAAUGAGAAGAAAUACACCUUUAUGAGAAUUUUCACAAAGGUGCGGACUGCUCAUUUUAAGAUGAAGAGGGAAAACAUCAUGCUGGAUGAAAGUAUGCUGCAGUCACUAAUGGAGCUUCCAGAGCGAUACCAUUAUGGCAUGUAUGCCAAGUUCAUCAAUGACUAUGGCACCCAUUACAUAACGUCUGGAUCGAUGGGUGGUGUUUAUGAGUAUAUCCUGGUGCUUAACAGAGAAAAAAUGGCAACACCUGGUGUUACCCGCAGUGAAAUCGAGAGAUGCUUUGGAGUCUCUUUGGGCAUUGAGUAUGAGCAUACAAAGCAGGCACAAAUUGGAGGACGUUUAUCAGUAGCACCCUGUGAAAAAUCUGGAGAUGGCAAACUAACUGACAACAAGACGGCCAUGGGGGUGGAAGAACUCAUUUCUCUGGUGCGCGGUGGCAGCUCUGGCUGGGGAGGUGGCUUGAUGCAAGAGAGCAGCAUCAUUACGUACCGUUCCUGGGGAAGGUCAUUAAAGUAUAAUCCUGCUGUUAUUGAUUUUGAGAUGAGGCCGAUCCACGAGAUCCUGCGGCACACGAACCUGGGGUCCCUGGAGACGAAGCGCCAGAACCUGCGGCGGGCCCUGGACCAGUACCUGAUGGAGUUCAACGCCUGCCGCUGUGGGCCCUGCUUCAACAACGGGGAGCCCAUCCUCGAGGGGACCAGCUGCAAGUGUCAGUGCCCUGUGGGUCGCCAGGGCCUUGCCUGUGAGCAAGUGCAGUCAGAGGGAGCCAAGACGGAUGGUCGUUGGAGCUGCUGGAGCUCCUGGUCGGCUUGCAGAUCGGGCACCCAGGAAAGGAGGAGAGAGUGUAACAAUCCUGAGCCCCAGAACGGAGGUGCCUCGUGUCCAGGCCACAGGGUGCAGACCCAGGCGUGCUGAGUGCCUCUGGGCACAGGCUGGAGUGGGGACAGGGGAUGAAACUGCUUGCGCUGACCAAUGGAUACAGACCUCACUCAGCUGACAGAAGAUACCCAUCAGCAUGGACUUUUUCUUUGUCCUGGACCAGACUGUGCCGUCAACAACCAACUGUUCUAUCACCCACAUAACUCAGUCAAAACUGGGUGUUAAGAGUUAAUUAGAGGGUUAGCUGCUCAUGGCACUUUGGAUCAUCCAAAAAGAGAAGAAAAGGAACUAUCUCCAUCCAUGUCUUAGAGGAACUUUUAGGAUGGUGGAGGGACAAGGCAGGCAGAUACUUUUGAAACCAUCAAUUACCAAUAAAACAAAGUACCAUGAGAAUGA